UCACUAUUUUAUGGUCCAGUUACCUGGUUCGACCACGAUCAUAGUGUCUAAUAUCACCACAUUAUUAUUAUUAUUUAUUUUACUAAUAAUAAUAAUAUUUUUGUUUUGGCCGUUCAAAUACUUCAAAUGAUUGGAUUUGGUUAAUGGUUGUUAUUACUUAUUAGUUAGGUAUUAUGUAUUUUUGUAUGUCAUUUCGUUAUCCCGGCCAACCUUACGGACCUUAAUAAAUUUUAACCAAGAAACUAAAAUAUUGUUGUAUUCGGUGGUAACGUUCGCACAUCGCAAUAUAAUUAUUGCGGUAUAGCGACAAUUACGCGCUGAAAAGAGACGGCAAAAAUAAAAAACAAUUUUAUCGUUAUUUUUUUCCCCCUCGCCGUUUAUAUGACGUAUAUAAAUAUAAUCUAUUAUUUGGUUGCACGAGAGUUAUUUAAGGCGGCCGACGUCAGCGCAACUAGCUCUAUGCAGAAUAUGCGUUCGACGUUGGCACCGGGCCACCGGCUUUCCGUCUGUUGUCGCAGGACGCUGCGACUAACGGUCGCCACAAGAACGGUUGAAAACUACGGCGCGGACUAUUGUUCAGAGAACUGUUGUCCGACGUGAGCACGUGACCAUGUUCCCGUCCAAGGGAUUGUUCCGGAACGUCUUCUUCCAGCCUUAUAACGACCAGGGUUCAGCGAGAUUGAGGAACUCUUCCAAGAAUAGUAAGCAUUUUGUACAACGACUUGGCUUGGAAAAAAUUUUGGAAAAUCAUCAUGGAUGUGUUAAUUCUGUGAAUUGGAACGAUGCUGGAUCAUUAUUACUUACAGCUGGUGAUGAUAAACAUAUAGUGAUUACUAAUCCAUUUUCAUACAAAGUUCUUGUUGAUUAUAAAACACAACAUAAAACUAAUAUUUUCUGUGCAAAGUUCUUACCUACUUCAGACAACCGUAUCAUUUCAUGUGGUGCAGAUGGUUCUGUUCUUAAUCUUGAUUUGGAAAGACCAGAGGAGACAGAGUGGAAUUUUUUUACUUGCCAUUGUAGCCAAUGCUAUAAACUAGAAACAAUACCCAAUGAACCCAAUAUAUUUCUAAGCUGUAGUGAAGAUGGUACAGUUCGUGAAUAUGAUCUCAGAACGAGUGUUAAAUGUUCAAAACAACGUUGCGAUGACCAUGAAUUGAUUGAUUGCGGUAAACCUGUUUCCACUAUUGCGAUAAACCCUGUUAAACCUUAUCAACUUGCUAUUGCCACAAUAGAUAGUAUAGUUAGAAUAGUCGACAGGAGAAAAAUUAUAAAAAAAGGAUUAUUUCAAAAAAUUGUUCCUGAAUUUUCCUUUACUGUUCCUCAUCUAAAUCAUCGUGCUUACCGUAUAACAUCUUUGUCAUAUUCACCUGAUGGCAGAGACAUGCUUGCCAGCUAUUCCUAUGAAGAAAUAUAUUUGUUUAGCCUUAAUAAAGAUUCUUGUACGACAGCAGUUGCUAAUGACUUUUUAGAAAAUGCACCAAUUCCACCACCAUACAGACGAAUAAGAUUAAGAGGUGACUGGGGUGACACUGGACCUUUAUCUCGACCAUCUACUGAUAAUCUUACAAGAUCAAGAAUACAGUCUGAAGUUAUGGCUCGAAUGAGUGACAUGUUAAUUCAUGUAUUUAAUACACCAUCAUUACGUUCUGUUGUUAUGCAAAAUUGGAGACCAAACUAUUCUCCUCCAGUUUCAGCAUCCUUGAGACGUACUAUAAGUACAAUUGAACCACAAGGUGAAUUAGAUGAAUUUGAUGUUCCUAUCAAUGUAGAAAUUGAUACUAUAGCUAGUGAAAAUGCCAACUCAAAUGAAAAUAAUAUUGUACAGUCUACUUCAAAUAGCAAUAACCAAAGAGUUGAAAAUAAAUUAAAAACUAAUAAAAAAACUCCAGUGUUUGAUGAUUUUAUUGCACUUCAACCAAUCAAAGCACAAUAUAAAGGUCAUAGAAAUGCUAGAACUUUAAUCAAAGAAGCAACAUUCUGGGGCAAUGAUUUUAUUAUGUCAGGUAGUGAUUGUGGACAUGUGUUUAUAUGGGAUCGUUAUACAUGUGAAAUAGUGAUGUUGCUAAUGGCAGAUACACAUGUGGUUAAUUGUAUUCAACCACACCCUAGUAGGCCUUUACUAGCAACUUCUGGUGUUGAUCAUAAUGUUAAACUUUGGAGUCCAAUAUGUAUUGAUCGAAUGUUCUAUCAAUCAUUUGCAAAAGAGCUAGUGGAAAGAAAUAAAUUAAUGAUGGAACAAUCAAAAGAUACAGUUACUGUGUCUCCAUCAUUAAUAGUGCGAAUGCUUUCUUAUUUCAAUCAACUUAGACGAGGUGGAUAUUUAGACAGGGCAAAUGCCAUCCAUAAUGCAAUUUAAUUCAUAUAAAUUGGAUACCUUUUUUAGUAUGUGCUGACAUGAAAACCCAGAUUUUUAAACAUAAUAAAUUGUAUCUAGUUAAGAUCAAUUGAAUAAGGUAUAUGGUUAAAUUGUCUUAUCAUAAUAACUAUAUUCCAUCUUUUAAAUAUGGGAUACUUUAAGUACAGUAAUAAUUGAUUCUAUGAGUAAAAUUACCAGUAGUAUAUUAGAUUUAAUGACAUCUAAAAAUUCCAUACUACUACUAUGUUAAAUAUAUACUUAUUUAAUUAACUUAGCAAUCCACUGAUUAAAAAUAUAUAUCAUCCCUUAACUUUCUCAAUAACGUUUGAUAAUCAACCAAUGUCACAUAAAAGUUUUGGUUGAAAUAUUUACUUUGAUCAAAUACUUGCAAAAGAUUGCAAGUAAAAAUAAGUAGUUUGUGCAAGUCUUUUAAAUAUUAUGUUACUAUAUUAUAUUAUGUAUAUUAAAUCUUAGUACAUAUACUAUUCUACAUAUUUAAAUGUUUAAAUUAUAUAUUUUAGAAUUUUUAUUUAUGUUAUGAACCAAGUAUUUUUUUAAAUGUUAAAAAUCAUUUUAUUUAUUUUAAUAAGCAUAUUAAAAGUAUGUUAGGAUAAGUUAAGUGAUAAUUUUUAGCAGAUGUGAAAUAUUUUGAAAGACUUAUAAAAACCUAUUAUAACAGCACAUCGAAGAGACUGGUAAAAAACACAGUUAUCUUUUCUAAUGUGCUUUUCUUAUCAAUAUUCUUAGUACAUAUCUUAGGAAAAAAUUGUAUGUUUAUAAAAAUGUUAACUAUUUAUUAAGAAUAUUAAAAUUGAAUGAAUGAUAAUUAUAUAAAAUAUGUUGUGAUUAGUAAAUUUUAAUAUUAUUCUUUAUUCUUACAAGAAAAAAAUCUUAUAAUAAAAGAUUGGAUUGUUUUGAUUUUUUUGUUUAAAAUAAAUGAUUUUUUCAAGUUUA